CGUUUCCUGGUCAUGAUUUGAUGCGCAAACGCUGAAAAGCUUAUUGCCAUGGCGGAGACACGGUGGUCGUAGGUAUUCCCAAAUCGUUCUGAAGAUCAAAGAGUUCGAAGGAUCUGCCGAAACCCUAAUCCGUCCCAGAAAAUCGAUUUCAAUCUCUGUGUCCGUCACUCGCUAACAGCAACGGAUGUCAGAUUCUUAACAUUUUCAUGGUGCAAUGGUGCUUUCUCAAGGGUUUUGUGACCUCAAACCUCCAAAUUCGUUUUCCUGUAAAUUUUUCAUCACUAAUCUUGUUCGAUCAUCAUGUGGAGGUCUUUAAUGGGAAUUCUCUCAGUUUCACCUUUGUGUUACUCAGGCUCCAAACGCAGAAUCACCAUGCAACAACAUGGAAAGAACAUCCAGAAUGGGAGGCCUCAACACUUUGUUAGCUCAAACAUGACAAAAGCAACUCAUUCUAGCUUGGACGAAUUCAAGUAUGGAUUCCCAUCAGAUGGCUUAGCAGUUGUCUCUAUCAAAUGGUGGGGAAGCAGCAGUCUGGGCAGUAAUGGGGAUAUCAGCGUGAAAGGAGAGAGGGAUUUUGAAGAAGCCAAAAGAACUGAAGAAUUGGUGGAUGAUGGAGCCUGUAUGUCAGUGAUUAAUGAAGAGAAACCUGGAAUUGGAAACAAUGAAAGCAAUUCCAGUCCACAAGGGACAGGCUUAUUGUCUUGUAUAAGAAAAAGAGCUGCAGAAGAAGGGCGAGAAGCAUUAAGGCUUGGUGUUCAUCGAGGCCAUGGUAUAAACAAGCUAGAUAGGAGAGAGAGGAAGUUACUUCUUCAGAUAUUCAGAUCCUCGAUGCCAAGUCACUUGAAACGUGGAUCUUCUCAAUCUUGAUGGUGGUAUUGGCCAUAAAGCAACAGUUUUUUGUUAUGUGUUUGUUAUACAAGUUAUAAUUGAGGCUGAUCGACAUUUGUCAUUCUUUUCCUGCUAUGUGGAAGCAAAAAGGGCUCAUCCACAAAGCAAAAGGUGCAUGUUGCUCUAAUGGAAAGCAGGAACACCAACAGUUUAUGGGGGUAGUGGUCUUUUUACUCUGAAAUCAGAAUUGAGUCUGUCAUUACUCAUCCUAGAAGAAUGAUGUUAUGCUAUGGAAAUGUAGCCCUAGUUCUACUAACAUUAGAUUCAUGUUUAUCUCUAUCAUAGUUUCUCUUUCUUUUCA